AUAGCCUGGAAUCACUUUCCAGUGCCAGUGCACUCACGAUAAAUCGAGAAGUAUCUCUUGGUAGCGUUCCUGAGCUGAACAGGCGAAUUUACCGUAUAUUUAUUGCAUCAAUGUCCUGUCAACGAAUAUACGUGAUUGGUUCAGCCGGUCAGUGUUACUAGUACAAUAGCAGCCUGUUUGUCAACGUGCACGAGUUGAGAGACGUCGACAUCAAUGGCGGAAGUUGGCGCAUAUGGGUUUGAGGAAGUCGGUGAGGCCAGAGUACCCGCCUCAUAUUUUUCAAUACCAGCUAAUAUAAUCAGGCCGAAAUCGUUACUCGUUUUGUGCCAGCAUAUGAAUAUCCCUCGUCCCGGCAAAGACUGGAUGAUGUUGGCCGACAAUAUGGAUUAUUCUAUGCUAGAAAUACAGACCUUCGAACGGAGCCAAGAUCCGACAAGAUCGUUAAUGAACGACUGGGGUAUGAAAGGGUCAACCAUUGGAGAAUUAUUACAAAUGUUACUUGACCUUGACCGUUAUGAUGUAUUUGACGAUCUUCGGAAACCUUUAGAAAGAGACAUUGGAAAAUGGAAAAUAGAUCAGAAGAAAGCACAAGAUGAACUUGAUGCUCCCAUCCAAGUCAAUGAAAUACAUACAAGUACACAGUCGGUAAAUUAUCCGAAUCUACCUUCCACUGAUGAAUUAAGGGGAAUUACUUUAAGAGAUCAUGCAAGUGGUCCACCAGAAAUUUUUGAUGCCUAUGUGUGUGCGUGCGAUAAAGAUCAUUCAUUUGUCCUUGAAGUAAUGAAGCGACUGGAGAAACCACCGUAUAAUUUAAAGCUUUGCGUUGAAUUUCGGGAUUUAGUACCAGGAAAUACUUAUGUGUCAGCAACAGUAGAACUUAUCCAUAACAGAUGCAAAAGAAUGAUCAUUGUUGUAUCACCAGAUUUUCUUAAUAGUGAACAGUGUGAAUUUCAAGCCAAAGUAGCACUCUCUUUCUCGCCUGGUGCAAGAAUGAAGCGCAUUGUUCCAAUAUUACUAAAAGCAUGUGAAAUGCCACCAAUUCUGAGGCAUAUUACGAAAUGCGACUACACCAGACCUGACCUGCGAGAAUGGUUCUGGCAGAGACUCUUUCGUUCUUUGAACCUACGAUAG